AUGCCUAAAGGAAAGAAAAAAGGAAAAUUCGAGCACAGAAGAACAGAGCUUCCAUACUCUUCCGAUGAGGAUGCAGGGAUUGAUAUGACAAAUGACAACUGUUCAGAGACUUCAGGACAAUCUGAUCUUAAAAGUAUCCAUGAUGAAGCAGAGAGUGAAGCACAAGAGAAAUUUGAAGAGAAAGUCUUGGAAAUAAUUGAUGCACUAAGCGCUAGAGCGAAUGCAGCACGUGCGUCUGCGUUGGUUUCAUUACGGACUGCUUUACAAAGACGAUACUUGGCGGUGCUUUUGAGCGGACAAAGGGCGACUUUGGCUGACCACGUCACCAAGGCUCUCAGACGAGGAAAGGAUGGAGAGAAGAAAGCAGCGGCUGCUGUUGCUCCAAUAUUGGCGUUACAGGUCGGUGAAGAGGGUGUGGAAGUGUUUAUGCAAGAGGUGAGGCCGGCUUUGGCAGCAGCCGCUGUUGACAAGACUGCCUCCCUUGACACACGCACUGAGUGUUGCUCAUCUUUGGCCAUCCUCUGUUACCUGAUGGAAGAUGACCUCGCCGAAGUACUGGAAGUCAUGCGGCUCUUUGAGACCAUCUUUAGCGGGAGUUAUCUCAAGGGUGACGGCAGCGUGAAAGUAUCGGGUUCUGUAGUGGAAGAGGGGGCGUGGCACGCGGCAGCUAUUGACGGCUGGGCCUUGCUGCUGGCUCUCACUGAAGCAGACCACGCCAGAGCCCUGCUCAAGGAUAAUCCCCCUUCCUUUGCCCGGCUGGCUGAUUUACUGGAAGCUUGCAGUCUUGAGGUGCGUAUGGCUGCCGGUGGAGCGGUGGCCAUCGCGUACGAGCGUGUGACUGACGACGAUGAGGAAGGGGACGAGGAGUGGGUGGAGAUGGUGCUGCCUCGGCUGGAAGACCUGGCCCGGGACUCGCACAAGUUCAGGGCCAAACGGGACAGGAAGGUUCAGAGGGCCACCUUCAGGGACAUCCUUAAGUACUUUGAGGAAGGUGACGUGCCAGAGUUGCGCGUGCGCAUCGGCGUGGAAAGUGUGUCGUGCGACACUUGGUCGAGUCGCGCGACUUAUUCCGCCUUAGCGGCAGCCUUAGGCGCGGGACUGCAGUCCCUGUCGCCUCAUUGUGGCAGGCUCAGAGCAGCCCUAGGUCUGGACCCACAGGCGCCGAUGGUGCCUGCGCCGGCGCAUAACAACUCGAGGAAGAAUAAGUUGCAACGACACUUGCAAAAUACAGCUGCGUGCAAGGCCCGAACGGUCGCUCGGAAUAAGAACAGAGACAAACGAUCCGCCGCUCUCGCAAUUUAA